UUGACCCAGAAAAUAGGCAGUCGUUUCAAGAUCUGAUGCGGCAGUCUUUGUGCACACCGUCCCCGCUUGAGCAUGAAGCGUAACCCUGUGGAAUACAUACUGUAAUUCAGAGGAGCUUUGCCUUGCACAGGAAAACUGUUUUAAAAGACGGAGCUGAAGCAAGUCGCGCAACUUUGUGAAAACGUAGCGGAUACGGGAGGCAUGGCAGACCAUCUGAUGAUGCCCAUGAAUCACAGCUCAGCGGGCGCCAGUCUCCACGGUUACAGGAUGGGCAUGAAUGGUGGCCUGCAGGCAGGUCACCAGCAGCAUGCCAACCAGCAGGGCAUGCGGGCGCUGCCCAAUGGCCAGAUGAUGCACUAUGGUGGUGCCCAGGCCAACAUGGAAACUGCCAUGAGGCAGCGGCCGAGCAUGGUGGGCGGACCCAUGAAUGGACAGCUGAAUGGGGCCCAGAUGGGUCACCACCAGAUGACCUCUGGUAACAUGAUGUAUAAUGGCCAGCCCCAGCAGCAACAGCAUCACCCUCAGCAGCAGCAUCACAUGCAUCCACAGCAGCACCAGCAACAAGCCCAGCACCCACAGCAGCAGCAACAACAGUUCAUGAAUGGAGGGUUAACAUCCCAGCAGCUCAUGGCCAGCAUGCAGCUGCAGAAACUCAACACCCAGUACCAUGGACACCCACUGGGGCCUAUGGGUGGGAACCACAUGGGGCCCACGAACCAGUACCGCAUGAACCCGGCCCAGCUGGCUAACAUGCAACACAUGGCUGGGCCGGCCCUGGCCCUGAACGGCAUGGAUGCGGAUAUGAUCGACGAGGAGGUCCUGACCUCGCUGGUCAUGGAGCUGGGCUUGGAUCGAGUCCAAGAGCUGCCAGAACUCUUCCUGGGCCAAAAUGAGUUUGACUUCAUCUCAGACUUUGUCAGCAAACAGCAACCUAGCACCGUUAGUUGCUGAGAGGACGUGGUUUGCAAAUGGGGCACAAAUGGACAGAGAAGAGUGAGAAUUGUCCAGGAUGGAUGAAGGGUGCUCGUCUCUUCACUUUUUAUUUUGUGGGCACCUCCCUGUACAACUAAACCAAGUUGUGAAGCAGGGUGCACAGAAGAGAACCCUGGAUAUCCACAGUGAACGCACAGUGCUCGAGUCGCACAUGUGCUAGUGGCCAGAGGGUGGCUGGCUUUAAGGCCUAGUUCCACCUUUCCCAUUUCCUGGACAUGAAUGUAAUAAUGAAAUGCUGAAAUUCUUAAAAGCCACUCUGAACAAUGCUAUGACACUGUGUAUCCUCCAAGCCCGGACUCCAUGACAGCUUACCAGUAAAAAGGUGUAUUUAUUUAUUCCUAUCUGAGAAAACCAAUACAAAGAACAACCACCUUCUCCAUUUUGGGAACCAAGUGGCUUUAAUGAUUUUUUUUUCUCAGAGUAGGAUGGGGAAGGAAGUAAAAUUUUAAGUUCUCUGCUUAUGCUUUUUCCCAUUCUAUUGGCCUAGUAUUAAAAAUAAGCUCAAGAUGACAAGGUCAUCUAAAAAGAGCCUGAUUUUUCUAUCACAAAAGUCAGACACAACAGAAGUACAAUGUUUUCUCAUUUGAAUGGGAUUGUCAUCCAGAUUUUAAAAUGGUUCACUUUUUGUAAAGUGCUGCCUUUUUAGAUGUGAUGUUCUCAAAAAUCUCCUGCUUGUACUGUAUGAAGCUGUAUAACUCCAACAUGUCCACACUGUUGUGUUCUAUUGGAGAUGUAGAACCGCCUUAAUCACGCAGAUUCUUAUUUAUUGGUUGUUUAUAUUGUCCCCUUUUUGUGGUCAAGAUGGGGGGAUGGUCUUUGUGAAAGGGGUUUUGAGGAUCAAUAAAGAUGGCCUGGAUAGAAGUGUGGCCUGCUUUUCCAUUCAUUGCACAGCUCUUCCCCGGGGCAGUGGAGAGCUAGCUAAGUGCUUAGGUUAACCUGUGGGUGAAGGGAAACCUCAGUUUCUUUUAAGCCUGGGAUGGAAAUGUUUAAACAGAUGCAAUAUUUAUGCUUUUUGAGAAGGAUAUCUACACUAGAUCUUUUCUGUAAUUUCCACUGCUUAAAAGUCACAGUGCCACACAACUGGCAUGAUUUACAUGUUUUAUAAGAGCAACAAUAUUAUGCCAUAAUACAUCUGAUAUGACAUCCCACAUAGUGAUUUCCAAAUGAGAUU